CAACUUCUCUCAUGAUCCGAUGAGCUAUAUGGUGACAUCGGGGCUGUUUAUUUUGCGUCGGCCGUUACCGGUUCGUACAGCCUAUCUUCGAGUUCGAUAUGCCUCCACCAAGUCAUGCGACCCUUUGAGGAUCCUCUUCUGCGGGUCAGAUAGCUUCAGCAUUGCUUCGUUGAAAGCCCUGUGCAGGGAACGCGCGAACAGUCCGGAAACGAUCGCCUCGAUUGAUGUUGUCUGCAGACCUGGGAAGAGGGUUGGACGGGGGCUGAAAACUAUCCGCGAAGUCCCAAUUAAGGCUGCGGCAACGCAACUGUCUCUCCCUAUCCACGAAAUAGAUACAUUCACUGGUUGGAAGCCUCCGAAACCGCAAGGGGAUCCCAUAAACCUCAUCAUUGCUGUAUCGUUCGGUCUUUUUGUACCUCCUCGAAUCCUAAACGCCGCAAAAUAUGGCGGUCUUAAUGUCCACCCUUCACUGCUCCCAGAUUUCCGGGGGCCAGCGCCCUUGCACCACACGUUGUUAGCAGGAGAAACGAGAACAGGAGUAACUCUACAAACACUUGAUACAAGGGACUUUGACCACGGGGUAAUUCUUGAUCAAACCCCUCCUCCAGGCUUUAGCAUACCCGAUCCGGAUACGUGCGACGUGCCGCGGUUGUUAGAUUUAGUGUCGGACAAAAGCGCCCAGAUGCUGGUAUCAGGUAUUCGAAACCGCAUUUUUGUUCCCCCGUUGAAAAGUGCGGGAUGGCGCAAGCCAGAUAACGAGGGUGCUUUGCGGCAUGCUGGGAAGAUCCAACCGGAAGAUCGUCAUAUCAAUUGGCGUUCCUGGACCGCGCAAGAGAUAUUCCGACGGCAACGGGUGCUCGGUCCGUUGUGGAACAAUGUCGUCAUCGGGACUGGCUCUUCAAUUUCUGGAAGCAAUGAGCAGACAAAGAGAGUUAUCUUCACUAAGAUGGCACUUGACGAGUCUAUUCCACGUGUUCUCGAUUCCGUCAAAAUAGACCCUGGCGUGGUAUUCACAUUGUCAGAUGCUCAGACUUCGGCCAAUGAGCUAGACCAGCCGCUAUACGUGACAACGUGCGACCGCAAGACUUUGCGGAUAGACGAAAUUAAAGUGCAAGGCCAACACUCGGCACCGGCUUAUCGAGCCGCCAAGAAGGCAAAUAUGUUGAAUAUAGAGCCUCCGUCUGUCUCAUUAUCCAUUAAUCCUUGGCGGGUCUUGAAUAAUACAGGUCUUGUUUAGGGGCCCAAUGUAGGCGCAUAAUUGGGUCAUUUAUUUCAAUUUAAUAUGCAUGGUUAUAUUCCUACGAGGUUACGUAGGACGGGCCUAACGUACGGUAAGAUAGGUUUUUCAGAUUAUUACACGACUCUUUGUCCAU